UAUGCACCACUUGUUAUCUGGGCGAAUGGGUGAAUAUGUAGUACAUUCUUCAUUGCCGUAUGCACCUUAGUCAUGUAGGAUAAAGGAGCUGUGUGGUACGGAUUAGAUUUUAAGAGUUAUUCGAUUGAAAGUCGGCGUAUAAGACGGGAGUAAAAAUGUUUCGAUACAGAGGACUAAACGUUGUUCAUUUGGCUUACUUUGUUACAUUCGUAUCGAUUUCCUGUUCACUUGAACAAAGUAUUGAUAUUGACUUAAGGCAUAUUGGAUUACCAGUAUACAUGAAAAAUACGCAUACAAAUGAAACAUUGCUUUUUCAAAGUCUUUUGAAAUCGCACGCAAGUAGUAACCACAGAUUCUCAUCAGUUGUGGAGAUUUUGGCCAAAUUGAGGGAGAUAAAAUCUGAAGGUCAAUUAACAGAAUAUUGUCAGUCUGACACCGAACUUUUACUGAACGACACAAGCUCCAAAAAUUCUGUAAAUGAUGCGUUUGUAAAGUAUGUUGAUGCCGCUGCAAAGGUUCCGCGUGGAAUUUUACAGGGAAAAUGGAACUGGGUCGGAGACUACCAAGAAUGUCAUGACAUUGAGACGCUGCACAACCCAAAGACUAACAAAUCGUUUAAAGGAGAAUAUUCCUCUGUGGCUGUACUUUUAAAUGGAAAACCUGUGCUACUCAAUACUUACCCUAUAGUUUUAGGUGUUUGUUUUCCAAACUCUUGUGAUGAAACUGACGUUAAAAAUUUAAUGAACAAAUUAAUUUCAACCAUCAAAACAAAAAUUUCACCAUUCGUCCCGGCUAUUGCACAGCAAAACAUUACUGCUUAUGAAUCAGCGUCUGGCGAACAUGGAAAACUCGAUAGUGGCGCAAUCGCUAUGAUAGUGGUAAUUGGAGUGUUGUGUUUCAUUGUAUUAUUAGCUACCCUAAUUGACUAUACAUGCUCUUCUUCAGAGAAGGAAACCGACAAACUUGUAUCGGACGAUUCUACGUUUGCAGACAGUCAUGAAGAUAGAACAGGUCUGCUUAGUGGUGAACUGUUUUCUCACAGUAUCCAAGAGGGCAGAUGCAAUGCCUUUAAACAGAAACUAUUAAACAUUUGCCGUGUAUUUUCGGUUACUAGUAACGGGAAGAAGCUGUUUGGUACAACUACAGCAGUAGGACCUUUAGCAUGCCUUAAUGGUCUUCGAGUAAUGAGUAUGUGGUGGGUCAUUCUAGGACAUACGUAUGCUUUCAUAUUUGCUGUUGUUGACAAUUUGGCUGAAGCAGCACAACUGGUUCAAAGGUUUACUUUCCAACCUAUUAUGAAUGGUACAUACUCGGUCGACAGUUUCUUUUUUCUGAGUGGACUUUUAGUUGCUUAUUUAGCAUUGAAAGAAAUCAAAGAGAAGGGAAAGUUGAGCUGGCCUUACUAUUUCUUACACAGAUACUGGCGUCUUACACCGCUGUAUGCUUUCGUUAUCCUAUAUUAUACGUACUUAAUGAUACCUUCAAUUUCAGGUCCAUUAAGAUUUUUUAUCGCUCUAGGUCCAUACAAGGAAAUGAUUGAUAUAUGCAAGUCUAAAUGGUGGACGAAUCUUCUGUAUAUAAACAAUAUGUAUCCUAACUAUGGCAAUCUUGGGACAACAUGUAUGGGAUGGAGUUGGUAUUUGGCCAAUGAUAUGCAGUUUUACAUUGUCUUAGGACCUAUCGUGAUAGUGUCACUCUCUCUGAAGGGGCGGCUGAGAUACAUCGGUGUAUUUAUAACUGUUUUCCUGAUACUUGCUGGUGUUUUGAUUAGAGGAGUUCUAGUCUGGUAUUAUGGUAUAUAUGGGAACAGCAAUGGCGCGUCCCCAACCAAGCACGUAGAUGACCCCUGGGGUAAAAAUGGUGCUCUUUAUGGUAGACCUUAUGCACGGUUUUCUGUAUAUUUGGUCGGCAUGCUUACAGGUUACGUCCUGGCCUCUAACAACAAUCGGAUAAGAAUACACAGAGUGCUUGCAGUCGUUGGAUGGUGUGUUGCUAUAGCAACAGCACUGGCUGUAAUAUAUGGAAUGUAUUACUAUAAUCAUCACACAGGUACACACAUGACCUUAGUUCAAAGCGCAUUCUACAAUGCCCUUGGCAGGACUGCAUGGGGAAUGUGCUUGUCAUGGGUUGUGAUUGCAUGUAUUUCAGGUAACGGAGGACCUGUUAAAGACAUUCUUUCUUGGAAAUUUUGGGCACCGCUUGGACGACUGACCUAUGCAGCUUAUCUUGUACAUCCAAUAAUUAUUUACACAUACUACUUCAGCAUGUUUCAACCUUUACAUUUCUCAGAUCUUACAAUGGUUUAUCUGUUCAUUGCGAAUCUCGUUAUGUCUUAUUUGGUUGCUUUUAUUGUGUCUAUGCUGGUUGAGGCCCCUAUGAUACAGUUAGAAAAGUUACUGCUUCCUUCUAUGAGUUCUUUCGGUAACAGAUAUGUCAGUGCUCCAUUAUCGCGCCUUGUAGAAAAAGUCAAAGACCGUCUCAAACGAUCCUAAAAUUGAAACUCUUGAAAUUACUUUAUUUUGUUGUCUCGGGGUCUAAUCCAUUUUUAUAAUACAUGUGAGUAUUGACUGCUUUGUAAUUAACUGUUUAGUUUCGAUUUUACUUAACCAGAACUUAUUUUUGCAUAAUUGAAGCAUUAUUUUUAUAACAUUUUGUUUGUUUGUUUAUGUAACCAAAAGGAGUCAUGUUUUACAUACAUAUUUUUCUCUGAUUUUUAGUUUAAACAUAGUUUAUUUCAGAAAUUUAUGAAACAUUUACAAAAAAAGUUAAGACGCUACAGUCUCGUUAAUAAUGUUUGAUAUGGUGACAUGCAUCUGGAGACAUGUAUUUCAAUGGAGAAAGAUCUCAUUUCAAUUGGGUUUAGUACAAAUGGAGGACAAAGAAUUUAUUUUUCUCAUGUGCCAUAAUUUUGUUUGUUUGGAAUUAUUUGUUUCAUCGGUUGAUGUAAAGUUUGAGCGACAUUAAAUAACGUGUGUUUCUGACCACUUGCUUGUACUAGAAUGAAAGUUAAUCGAAGAAAUAAUCAUACCGUUUGCCAUUCGAAAGAUUUUAUAUAAUGUGAACAUGCGUGUGGUAAAUGGAACAGAAUGAAAGUAGCUAUUUCUUCCUGAUUUUGUGGGUGGUGAUGUAUGUUGACAGCAUUCGCUGAGAGUAUUUUUUAUUCUGGUGUGUCUAUAAGGAGUCAUUAUUCAGAUAUGCCAUUAAUUGUUCAUAUAGUAUAGUUAUGUACAGCUGACAAACAAUAUUGUACAAAAAGAUCUGAAAAAUGACUAGAACUUAAUUUUUUUUUUUUUUUUUUGCUAUUGUUGUGUACUAUGGAGGUAGCACUAUUAUAGUAUACAGAUUCAGUUUUUCUAUACUUUUUGUAACUUUGUAUUUGUUGAAAAUAAAGAAAUAUUUAUUCUU